UUUGAGGAAGCUUCUGAAACAGGGAUUCAAAGCGACGCAAGAAGAACAUAAAAUGGAAAAUGGUAGUAGCAACAACGCGUUGAAGCCGAUGGACUCUGAGCAACUGAGGGAGUACGGACAUAAAAUGGUCGAUUUCAUUGCUGAUUAUUACAAAACUAUCGAGACUUUCCCUGUCCUUAGCCAAGUUCAGCCUGGUUAUCUUCAAAAUCUUUUGCCUGAGUCAGCACCAGACCACCCUGAAACGGUGGAACAAGUUCUGGACGAUGUAAAGGCGAAGAUAUUGCCUGGAAUAACGCAUUGGCAAAGCCCUAGCUUCUUUGCUUAUUUCCCUAUUAACGGCAGCGUUGCAGGGUUCUUGGGUGAGAUGUUGACAGCUGGUCUUAAUACUAUGAGUUUCAGUUGGGUUGCUUCUCCAGCUGCAACUGAGCUCGAAAUUAUCGUUCUUGAUUGGUUUGCAAAACUGCUCAACCUGCCAGAGCAGUUUCAAUCCAAAGGAAAUGGAGGUGGAGUUAUCCAAGGGUCAGCUUGUGAAGGUAUUCUCGUUGUUAUGAUUGCUGCCCGCGAGAAGGUCUUAAGAAGCGUUGGUAAGAAAGCACUUGAGAAGCUUGUUGUCUACUCCUCUGACCAAACACAUUCAUCUUUACAGAAAGCUUGCCAGUUAGCCGGUAUCCAUCUAGAGAAUUGCAGGGUUCUGAAAACAGAUCCAUCUACCAAUUACGCUCUGCAUCCAGAAUCACUUCAGGAAGCUGUUUCUCAGGAUCUUGAUGCUGGAUUGAUUCCAUUCUUCUUAUGUGGCACUGUUGGAACAACUUCUUCAACAACAGUUGAUCCACUAGCAGCACUGGGAAAGAUUGCAAAGAGCAAUGAGAUGUGGUUUCACGUGGAUGCAGCGUACGCUGGAAGUGCUUGUAUAUGUCCAGAGUAUAGACAGUACCUUGACGGUGUAGAAACUGCAGACUCUUUUGACAUGAAUGCUCACAAAUGGUUGCUCACUAAUUUCGAAUGUUCCCUACUUUGGGUCAAGGAUCAAUCUGCUCUCACUGAAGCUCUUUCAACAAAUCCAGAGUAUCUCAAAAACAAAGCAUCUCAGGCAAACUUGGUUGUUGAUUACAAAGAUUGGCAAAUCGCUCUUGGACGACGAUUCAGGUCACUGAAACUAUGGAUGGUUUUACGGCUCUAUGGAGCUGAGAAUCUGAAGAGCUAUAUACGAAACCAUAUCAAACUGGCUAAAGAUUUCGAACAACUUGUCUCCAAAGAUCCUAACUUUGAGGUUGUCACUCCUAGGAUCUUUUCUCUGGUCUGUUUCCGUAUAGCAGCUGUGGAUAACGAUGAAAAGAAGUGCAACAACCUUAACCGCAGCCUUCUAGACGCAGUUAACUCUUCAGGAAAACUCUUCAUUUCUCACACUAUCUUGUCGGAAAAAUUCGUACUACGUUUCGCCAUAGGAGCGCCACUGACGGAGGAGAAGCACGUGAUGGAGGCGUGGAAGGUUAUCCAGGAAGAAGCAUCAUACUUGCUUUCCAUGUAAAAUAAGAUCAAAAAGAAUUUUUCGGGAAAACCUCCUGUUCUUGCCAACAAACCGAAGCACUUGUUUGGUUUGGGUUAAUGUGAACUUCGGUUUGGUCUCCGAACGUGUUUACUAUUUUUAUUUGAUUGUUUGCAUUGUUUUUACCAAUCGAGUGAAUCUUAUUUCCCA